AUGCGGGUCGUGUCGAAGGCGAUACAGACUCGUCACAUGCUGGUGGGGCCGCGCCGCCGCGCCCGCAUGCAUUAUGGAGGCUGCCGUGCCCAUUGUGGCGGCCGGCCGCGCCGCUAUCAGAUUUCAUGGAUCGUGCAGGCCGCGGCCGGCUCGAUGCGAGCUGCGAACGCUCCGCGGACAACCUCGUACGGCUGCCACCCGACCGGUCCUUGCGGCAGAGGAUACUCUGCCAUGGCUUUCGGCGUCGCCGAUCCCUCCCGGAUCGAAAAUGUGUGGUGUGUCACGGUGCCUGCCGUCAGGACUCCAACUCCAGCCACUGGUCUGUGGGAUCUGCGGGCUCAGGUCGCCUGCGUGCCGCACGGUUUGACUGCGCAGCCGGCGCUGUGCUCUGUUCACUCCGUAGAGAGCCGGGGUGCGGCGUCUGCCCGCUGGCCGCUGGCCGCUGGCCGCCCUCGUCGUGCCUUGCGAUUCUCCACAGCGCAAAGUGUCUGGCACGCCGAGGAGCGCGGCAAAGUGGACGGGGCGGGAUGCCUGCGCACGCGCAGCGCGCAGUCCGGCGCCAGCGAGUCGCCAAUCCGUCUUCGAGCUGUCCAGACGUCCUCGCAGUGGACGGGACGUGACCGGGAAGACGAUGACAUCGACGGCAGCGGCCGCGGUGGUCCACCACUGCCGCCUCCGCCGCCUCCCAACCCACACGGCUUCCCGUUAUCGGGACCAAAGGGCGAGAAGGGGGACCCUGGCUCUCCGGGUCCUCCUGGAGACAGUGUAGAGGGUCCGCCAGGCCUCCCGGGUCCUCAGGGACCACCUGGACCGCCUGGGGAGCCUCUGGCCAUCCAUCCAGACGACCCGAAGUACCAGGAUGCCAUAGCCGGCCCUCAGGGACCAAAGGGCGACAAAGGUGACGCUGGAGCCGCAGGAGCACAGGGACCGCCGGGACUCAAAGGCGAGCCUGGAAGAGAUGGAUCGCCUGGAAGUCCUGGACCGCCUGGAAGCCCCGGUUCUCCUGGAACAGUGGACCCAGAGGCACUCAAGGCGCUGGCGACGGCCGGCCCCCCGGGAGCCGUGGGGGAGAAGGGCGAGCCGGGGCUGCCUGGAGCGGCUGGAGGCCAGGGCGAGCCCGGCCCCGCAGGUCCCAAGGGCGACCCGGGCCCUGCAGGCGCGCCCGGCGCCGCCGGACACCAGGGUCCUCCGGGUCUGCCGGGAGUCCCUGGACCGAAGGGCAGCCAAGGGCCUCCGGGACUAGAUGGCGCGCCCGGCGUGCCCGGAACCGACGGCAGGGACGGCGACAAGGGCCUCAAAGGUGAUCCGGGGAUUCCAGGGAGAGAAGGGCCACCCGGUCCUCCAGGCCCGACGCCGGAGCUGCCCAUCCUCAACGAGGUUGCUCCAGCUCCAGGACAGAAGGGCGAUCGUGGAGAGCCUGGACCAAAGGGCGCGCCUGGAGAACCCGGUCCCAAAGGCGACAGGGGCGAUCCAGGGCGACCUGGAGUUCCGGGGGAGGACGGCGGUCCAGGACCGCAGGGCGACCGUGGCGAGCGCGGCCUGCCCGGAGCUACCGGAGCGCCGGGCCCGAAGGGAGAGCGCGGUCCGCCAGGACCACGCGUGGAGGUGGGCGCCGGCACGCCGCUGGUGCUGCAGAAGGGCGACAAGGGCGACCCGGGGCGGCGAGGGCGGCGGGGGCCGCGGGGGCCCGUGGGGCCGCCAGGCAAGCCGGGGCCGCGGGGAGACCUGGGGGCGGCCGGCCUCACGGGUCUGCCUGGUCUCCCUGGAGAACCUGGGCCACCUGGGAAACCUGGACUCAAAGGAGAGAAAGGAGACUGCUGUGACGCCACAAAGCUGAAGGGCGAGAAGGGCGAGCCCGGCGUGGGUCCCCCCGGCCCCCCCGGCUCCCCUGGCCCCCCGGGACCCUCCGGUGCCACGUCCACGUCCACGUCGCAGGGCCGCGUCGGAUACAUACCCGUCCCAGGACCGCCUGGCUUACCUGGGCCGCCGGUGAGUACAGCACAGUAG